UGAACAUGUACAAGUUAGCAUGGCAGCAAGACAGCGCUCUCCGGCGAGCGCGAGAGCAAAUUGAGGGACAAGUUUCUGACAUAUUCACAGCUGACUGAUAUAUUGAAGGUGGGUGAAAAAUUUUGACACCCCUAGAUUUCUGACAUUUUCACGGCUGAGUGUCCCGGACAUAUGGUCGAUGGCGGAGAAGAUAGCGGAAUUUUUUAACCCCCCAAGAUUCUAGCCACUUUUCACUGGUGAAAUUUUUGGAUAACAUGCAGUAUCAGGCACCCCAGGUUCUCUGCCCUGUGACCACGCGUUUCUUGCUCAGUUUGCGGCCUCCAUGGGGCAUAACUUCGAGGAACAAACGCAGAAGUUACUGAACGGGACCGAGAAUGCUCCAACGCAAAUUACAAACGGGGUAGCUCCACAGCCCAGCAUCUCCUUCGUAUCCUCAGCACCAGUAAUAAUGACCAAUCUGCCGACAGAGAAUACUCCUCUACUAUCAACUCCGGUUCCUCACGUAGAAGAGGGUGUGCACUGUUCGAAUGAAAGGGACUGUCACAGUACCUGGGUAAUAUUCCAGGAGGAACUUGGCAUCCUCACGAAAUAUACCCUUCCCAUUUUUGCAACUCACCUGUUUGAGUUUAGUUUCAAUAUCGCUUCCGUAGUGGCUAUCGGUCACAUCUCCACGACAGCACUUGCUGCUGCAACAUUAGCUUUCAUGACCGCAAGCGUAUCGGGCUACGCCAUCGUACAAGGUCUAGUAUCUGCUCUCGACACACUUCUCCCUGCGGCAUGGACAUCUAGCCAUCCGCAAUUAGUCGGCUUAUGGAGCCAACGCAUGCUUGUUGUGACGGCCACAAUCCCUUAUGGUAUGUUUCCUGUUUUUAUGAUUUGGUUCAACGCUGAAUCCAUUUUACUCCUGCUCAGACAGGAUCCUGAAGUUGCGCACCUAGCUGCUGUCUAUUUAAGAUGGUCGUCUUUUGGGACUUCCAGCAUAUUCUUUCAACUGCGUUUCGCGAAUUAUAGGCGCUACUUUCAAUCUCAAGGACUCUUCGCUGUGCCGACCAAGAUCAUCCUAGUCGUGGCGCCGAUCAACGCCCUCCUUGAAUUACUAUGGGGUCCUGAGUCCGUCAGGAUUGGCUUUAUUGGAGCUCCAAUCGCGACUUCCAUAUCUUUCAAUCUGAUUUCGAUUUCAUCAGUAAUAUAUGGCAUUUUCUACGUCGAGAAGACUGCCUGGCAUCCUAUCUCAAUGCGGAGCUUUACUGGCUUGGACUGUCUUGUCAAGCUGGGACUCGCUGGCGUUGGCCAGACUGCAUCUGAAUGGUGGUCAUGGGAGCUUAAUAACUGUGCACUCGGGCCUGCUGCCUUAGCUUCCCAAUCCGUUCUGCUCAUCUCAAGCUCCUGUACAUUUCAAGCUCCCUUCGCCCUCUCCUUGGCUACUAGGAUUGGGAAUCUUUUGGGCGAAAAGCAGGCGAGGCGUGCCGGAGUUUCCGCAUACGCCGCGAUUGUUCUUGCAGUUGCGAUUUCGGCAAUAUGGAGUACCAUGUUUAUAUCGUUCAGGCAGUCGUGGGCGUAUAUCGUCAAUGAUGACCCCGAGGUGGUAACGCUGGUGGCCUCGGUUCUUCCGGUUGUUGCCAUGUAUCAGGUCUUCGAUGGGAUCGCCGCUGUUACCAGUGGUGUCUUGCGAGCACAGGGCAAACAAGUAAGUGCUAGUGGUUACUACGUCAUUGGCAUUCCUUUUGGUGUUUGGUUAACUUUUAAAAUGGGCAUGGGACUAGUGGGACUAUGGGUGGGACUCACAGUUUCCCUCGUUUAUUGCUCUGUCUGGGGCACCUAUCUGUGUAUUGCAACCGACUGGCAGAAAGAGGUGAAGAAAGUUUCGGAUAGGCUUGCUAUUGAGAACAAGAAUGAGGCGGAGGAAAAUGGAUCAUCACAUCUAUAAUGUUCAUUUAUUUCAUAGAUAUAACUUAGAAGAAAACCGUUCGUCUGUGAACGGAAAAGUAUUGUUCAUAUUCAUUUCUUAUCUACAGUAGUAGCCAAGAGUAAACGACAUUUGCUGUACUAG